AUGGCUGCUCGUCCCGUUAUUUCCGUUUUCUCCGAGUCCGGCAAGGAGGCCGUUGGCACCCAGGUUUUGCCCGCCGUCUUCAAGGCCCCUAUCCGCCCUGAUGUUGUCCAGUUCGUCCACAAGAACAUGAACAAGAACCACCGCCAGGCCUACUCCGUCUCCGAGAAGGCUGGUCACCAGACCUCUGCUGAGUCCUGGGGUACCGGUCGCGCUGUUGCCCGUAUUCCCCGUGUCUCCGGAGGUGGUACCCACCGUUCCGGCCAGGCCGCUUUCGGUAACAUGUGCCGUGGUGGUCGCAUGUUCGCCCCUACCAAGAUCUGGCGCAAGUGGCACGUCAAGACCAACCAGAACCAGAAGCGUUUCGCUACUGCUUCUGCCUUGGCUGCUUCUGCCCUCCCUUCCUUGGUCUUGGCCCGUGGUCACAGAAUUGAGCAGAUCGAGGAGGUUCCCCUCGUUAUUGGAAACGGUGUUGAGUCUUUGACCAAGACCAAGGCCGCCGUUGCCCUCCUCGAGGCCAUCCACGCCUACGCUGAUGUCGUCAAGGUCUCCAACUCCCGCAAGCUCCGUGCUGGUGUUGGUAAGAUGCGUAACCGUCGUCACCGCCAGCGCCGCGGUCCCCUCGUCGUCUACGCCGAGGACAACGGUAUCGUCAAGGCUUUCCGCAACAUCCCCGGUGUUGAGCUCGCCAACGUCCGCACCCUCAACUUGUUGCAGCUCGCUCCCGGUGGACACAUGGGUCGCUUCAUCAUCUGGACCCAGAACGCUUUCGCUCUCUUGGACCAGAUCUACGGUACCUACCGCAAGUCCGCUGCCCUCAAGAAGGACUACUCCCUCCCCUCCCACAUCAUGUCCAACCCUGAUGUUACCCGUAUCAUCAACUCUGCUGAGGUUCAGGGUUCGUUGAAGGCUGCCGGUCCCUCCAAGACCCCCCGCCCUUACACCCAGAAGAAGAACCCCCUCAAGUCCAUGGCCGUCAUGAACCGUCUCAACCCCUAUGCCCAGACCCUCCGUCGUGCCGAGAUCCUCAAGAAGACCCAGAAGAAGUCUGCUAAGAAGGCCCCCAAGACUGCUGCUGCCUUCUUGAACACCCUCCACUCCGAGUAA